AUGUCCCUAACCAUCAGACAAGACCGUCUAGCUGAUGGGCCGUUCAAGCUCAUCGAGACACCAGUCCAUGCCCAGAUAGCGACAAACUCCCAGAAACCAUACGACCAAUAUGUAGAAGGAGCUAGUAUCAUGGCGUUAAGUCACAACGUGAUCAUCCGUGGCCUCAACAGCAUCUACAGACAGGCGACACACCUAAAACCGAAAGACCACGCUGACUUCAUUGCUUACUCAAAAUGUUGGUACGAGGUACUCGAUGCUCAUCAUACAUCAGAGGACACAAGCCUCUUUCCACAGAUUGAGGCCAAAACCGGGGAGAGGGGCCUUAUGGAAGCCAAUGUUCAGCAACAUCAUGCCUUUCUCCCAGGUCUGCAAGCCUACUUAGAAUACCUAAACUCAGUCACUCAAACCCCUGAGGUCUUCUCUGGCACACGCCUCAAUGCAAUUAUCGACAGCUUUGCACCGACCCUUCUCGUCCACCUCUCUGACGAAAUCCCAACACUCCUUUCCCUCUCUCGUUUCGGCUCCCAGUUUCGCUUCCUGGACGGAAUCAACUUGGAAGCCAAGAAAUCGCCCUUGCAUCUCUCAAUCACAGGUGGGGUCCCUUUCUUUUUCCGGAAUCUGGAUGUAGAGUAUGAAGAUGGGCUUUGGAGAGGUUGGCCAGAGAUUCCUGGUUUGGUUUGGUGGGUUAUGCAGAGGACUUUUGUUGCGUGGAAUUGGAGGCUGUGGAGAUUUGCUAGUUGUGAUGAGAAGGGAAGGUUGCGGGACUUGCCUGCUUUGGAGGACUAA